CUCGAAGGCGGCUAUCGUGGGUGUAUGUGCGGCCAUCAUGACCACCCUGGCCGUCGUGGUCGUCACAGCAUGUCGGUGUAUGCGUAGAAAGCCAGGUCGACCUUCCUUCCUGCUAACUCGAGACGUCGAGAAGGCUCAGCGCACUUUCUAUACCCGUCCCACCGCCAAGCCCAUCAGUAGCCCCGAGUUGUCUUCACCCGAGACCGGUCCAUCCCGUCACAUCCCUCCCACGGGGAAGGGGUCGCCGCACCUCACUCCGACCAAGUGGGGGUCGUCGGGGUUCCCGUCUCCGACCCAGGGGGAGAAACGCCCUCCCAUUGGCACCUUCAUGGGGUCGACAGGUAAACUCGACCCACAGAUGUUACACAAAGACUCGUACUCAGACGGUGGCGAUGAGAAGUGCGAGGCGGUGGAUAACAAGACCCUGGAGAGUAUGGAAGAUCGGCCGAAUGUCGGGGUUCUCAACUUUACCGUCGAAUACCGAGUGGACAAGGCGGUUUUCAUGGUCACUAUACACCGAGCAAGCUAUCUUCCUGCCAAGGAUCCAACUACUGGUGCGUCCGACCCCUACGUUAAGCUGUGCCUGCUCCCUGAGAAGAAACACAAGGUGAAGACCAGGGUCCUGAGGAAAACUCUCAAUCCCAUCUACGAAGAAACAUUUACCUUCUAUGGGCUGGCAUAUAACCAACUACAGGGUGUAACUCUUCACUUUGUAGUGAUGAGUUUUGAUCGUUUCUCCCGGGACGAAGUGAUAGGUGAGGUGGUGAUGCCCCUGUCCAACGUCGAUCUGAGCACCAGACCGGUCAAUCUAUGUCGAGAUAUCAAACCAAGAAAUACACGGAUCCCCAAGUCACAGGGCCGUGGUGAGUUGCUGACGUCACUGUGCUAUCAACCGGCAGCUAACCGACUUACUGUGGUGGUCCUCAAGGCAAAGAAUCUACCCAAGAUGGAUGUCACUGGACUUGCAGACCCAUACGUGAAGAUUUAUGUGAUGUACCGCAACCAGCGCCUAGCUAAGAAGAAGACUCGUCUCAAGAAACGAACUCUAAACCCUGUCUUCAAUGAAUCCUUCCUCUUCGAUAUACCAAUGGAGGGACUGGAGUAUCUCAAGAUUGAAUUUCAGGUGCUGGAUCACGACCGAGUGACAAAGAACGAAAUCAUCGGCCGAUUGGUGAUUGGACGAGAUGAAGAUGGAGAGGCGGAGUCACAGCACUGGAAGGAGAUCAUGCAGAACCCGCGUAAACAGAUCGCAGAAUGGCAUAAACUCACCGAAUAAGACCAAACAAGCAGUGUCGUCUGCGUCUAUUUCAAAGAUUAAGACCACAAAGUUCCACAAAUUAAAAAAAUAAUUAUAAUGAAACAGAAAUAAUUUCUGCUGUAUUUGUUACCAUCCCGGUUAUGGUUGAUCUUGAAUCUGAAAUUUAAGGCAGUCUACAUGUACAUUCAGCUUUAAGACUGGCACUAUUUUGUACUGAACAGUUUCCUGUACAUGAUGUUCAUGUCACGUGACCAAAAAGAUGCCAUGUUUGAUGUCUAGCAAAUCAAUAUCAAAAUAUGGCAUCAAAGUUUUUUUAAGUCAGAAAAAAUCAGGAAACGAUCAAGUUCAUACGGGUGAGUUCCACUUUUCGGUUGAUAUUCCAUCAAGUUAAAAAAAAUAUGACUUGGUUACCUAACGAAAUGUAGCAGACUGUGAUCUUCGCAAAUGUUCAUGUAGCAGUUAUUAGAAAUGUGAAUGAAGAAAUUUGCAUUUUAUCACUAUAAUCUCACCGCUUUGAAGAUAAUGUUCACUAAUUUAAAUUCACCAAAAAUUUGAUGUAAUCCUAUUAUAUCAACAGUAAUGUGUUCACAUACACGGGUAUAUAGUAAGAACGGCAGAUUAAUUGCAUGUCAUGAUUUGAAUAUGUGUAUGAUAAAUAAAAUAAAAAUAUCAGCAUUAUUUUUAGAAAAAUAUGCAGCAGAUGUGAAUUUUUAAAAUUUGUUCAUAAACUUGAUAAAUAUGAAUUCAGCAAACAUGUAAAAUGCAGCAGCACAACUCUGAUAUUUUGGAGCUAUAGGGUAUUUGUACGAAUUAAUUUAUAGGCAUCGUUUCAUUUGUUUCGAAUAAAACUACAAGUAAAAAGAAAACAUCCAUUCGUUGGCUUAGACAUUAAUAUAAUCUUGUAAAAUACACUCAUAUCGAAUAUUAUGAUUUCCUUUUUUUAUUGGUUUUUAUUUCCUGCUUGUAUGAAGCAUCGUAAGAUUAGAGGUCAAGUAGUGAAAAACUUACUAAAUUUAAUGGUACCAUAUUUUAUUCUUUUAAACCAUUGUAAUGUUAGGAUUAUUCGUAAUAUUAAAGGACCUUAGGAGAUUAUUGAGUUCCUUUUGAUAAAAUAAGCGUAACAUAUUGUGCGCUGGUGGUAAAUAUAUAAAUGUUUUAAAGGAACCUAUCUCUUUGCAUUACUAAAAAAUAUAAAGAGUAGGAUAAUUAUUAAAGAUUGAAAACAAUUGACAGUGAAAGAAUGGCUGAAACAGAUUGAUUUUUAAUACUCUAAAUUGUAAAUGGAGUAUCAAAGAUGCCUAACGAAUGUUGAAAAUAUUCUGUAAAUUGGACUUUGUGAAGAUAUAAUUAUUAAUGUAUAUUUGCUAUAUUAAUAAUGAAAUAGAUAACCUAUCAACAUCCAAACGCUUUAAAAUUAGAAUCAUAAUGAAUAUAAAGAAAUGAAUCGUGUCUGAGUCAAGUAAAGACAUUGUUUAGAGGGGGUGCAGAUGUGUCGUGGUCUAGUGGAUAAGUCACCGGACUGGACCACAUAGUUCGCGGUUGGAGUCCCGCCGCGACCCUAAUGUCCUCUGGCAAGAUAUUGAUCUACAUUUGCCAUACUCAACCCAGGUGAGGUAAAUGGGUACCUGGCAGGAAUUAAUUCCUUGAAAUGCUAGAGCGCCAUAAUGGCAGCCAUUUUAUAGCCGGGAUAAUAAUCGUUGAGCGCCAGGAAUGUCAAGUCUGAUAGAAAUGAGCGAUGUACAAGAACGCAAUAUUGUUAUUUGUAGUAUCAUAAUAGGCUCAACCCUUAAGUUGUGAUGGGUUUCGCUUAAAAAACAGCAUGGUGAAUUCUGAUUGACGGGUAAUUACAUAAUCUAUCGAAACAACGGCUUCACGAUGUAAAAUGUGGCAAUUAAUUUUUUUUUCUUUUUCGUAGGAGUCAUAAAAAACCAUAUAAUUUCAACCUGAACUCAUAAUUAACGUCUAUAUAGAUUGUAGAAUGACGUAGUUACCUUGGUUCCUCUUAGAGACGGAUUUUCAGAUGUCAUGCGCCAUAAUUUUAUAAAACGUAGACUUUCUUUUUAUAAAACAAUGUCUGAUGUACGAUUUUUUUUAUUCAAAGGAUUAUUUUUAUAGGAAUUGGUAAUCAUUUUCUAUGAUGCAGACUUGUAGUUGCAUGAAAAUCAAAAUACUUGUUUAUAGGGGAAUAGCAUGUUAUUCGAUUAUUUCGUAACUGAUAAGUAUGAACUUUUUAAAGAGAUCAGUUUCGUAUGAAUAAUUUUUUUUUCGAUUAUAAAAGAUUGUCAUUAACUUUGCAUGCCAAUGAAAAUUACUCGUUGUGGGAGGGUGGAGUAUUAUUUUGUAAAAAUACUGACUUAUAAAUAAAAAUAGAAACUAAUCAUCAUUUUUCAAUUAUAGAAGAAUAUCAUUAAAUGUUCAUGUCACAAAAUUUAGGUGUUUACAGGGGAAACACAUUCGAAGACCUUUUUAGUGGUAAUAUUUGAUUACUUUGUAUUGAUAAAAGAUAACCAAAUUAUUAAGGUUUAUAGAAUAACGUGCUUCAGGGUGUAUAUACAUUAUGAAUAGUAUUCAUUAUAUUCUUUAGGAAUAAACCAUAAACAUAUCACGCUUGUAUAUAAAUUAUGAAACCCGGCUUUCCCUAUGCUUCUCUGCACUGUGUAUAAAAAAAAAACUACAUUGUGUUAAAUGCUUGUAAAUUGAGCUUCUGUAAAAGAGGAAUAAUAUGUGAAAAGGAGAUACGAAAAGAGAAACAAAGUGGAGAGGGAUAACAAAAAAUUAUAUAUGUAUAUAAUGACAAGAGUUUGUAAUUUUAUUUCGUGCUGUUGUGUUAACAAACGUCCUGUGUAGUAUAGGGCCAACCCGAUUUCAACGAAAAAAAAUAGUACUGUGAUAAAAUAAAAGAUAUUUUAUGAUUAUAGUUAAAA